GGCGAUGCUGUUCUGUGAUCAUGGCUGCGGAGGGAGACUUUCUGAUGAGAUACCGUGCUGUGUCAAAUAAACUGAAAAAACGUUUCCUUCGGAAGCCUAAUGUGGCAGAGGCAAGUGAGCAGUUUGGUCAGCUAGCCAAAGAACUAAAGCAGCAGGACUGCCUUCAAUAUGCUGCUUUCUGCAACCUUGCCAUGGCACGGUGCGAGCAGACACUCUUCAAUGCUCCUGGAGAGGCUCUAGCGUUAACCGAUGCUGCUCGACUCUUUCUCUCCUCGGAGAAGGAGAACAGGGCGCUACAAGCCCCAGGCUUUGAUGAGCAUCUGCAGGCUGCCCUCAACUGCUACAGCUUUGCCAUCAAGGUGUACAUUGAGAUGAACCAGCCAGUAAUGGCAGCCAGCCUUUCUUUCGAACUUGGCAAUGCACUCAAGGAGAUGAACAGACCAGGGGAGGCAAUAGUUAAUUACCAGAGGGCUGCAGAGUUGCAAGUACAGUGUCCUAUUGAAGCUCUGUUGUCUUUGGGAGAAAUGGCCACCUGCAAAAUCCUCACCCGUGACUAUGAUGGUGCUUUGUCAGUGUUAACAGAGAUGCAAUUGAUGUGCCAAGAAAGAGGACUGCAGCUACCAGGCACUAACACCCCUGUCGGUGCAUUUCUGGACAUUGUGGCCAAGUGUGAGAUCUCUAGAGUGCUGCUGCUAAUGUUGCUUGAGCCUCCGCCUCAAAAGCUGUUACCAGAGCAUGCACAGACCCUGGAGAGAUAUGCAUGGGAGUCCUUUGACCCCCAUAGCCAGGUGACCUUCCUGCCUGAGAAUGUUUUCCUGCUCCUCCAGUCAGUGGUGAUGGCGUGCCAGGAAAAAGACACAGAAUCCCUGAAGUCUCUUCAAACAGAGCUGUGGCCAUUUCUCUCCACUGAGCAGAACCAUCUUCUCCACCUGGUGGUCCAGGAGCGCAUCACCCCAUCUGGGCAAGGGAUUUAGUGCGGUCCACUUCCAACUCAUUCCCUCUGGGAAUGAAGCAUAAUGGAACAUUUUUG